CAACAAUGCGAUUAUAUUUUAGCACGACCUUCUCUGUCACGAGGCAUUGCUUUUCUAGCUCAAGAGCGAGGACUAUGUCGUCACUUGCUACCGGGCACGUACUUCCCGGUGGUAAAUGGAACUACCGCAUUCUCGAAACUGUACAAGGAGACAAGACCCACACGUCCACGGUCUACAAAGCGGAGAUCGUAUCCAAUAAGAAAUCUCAUGAUGUUCCACAGUGGUCUUUCAUCAAAGGAGCAUCGCAGGACAAUGCGAUAGCCAUGGAAAAUCUCAAUCGUGAAUGCCAAAGCUAUCUUUUGCCUGGAGUCGCUUCAUCUACCUGUUUCCGGAAAUUGUACGACGUGGUCGAUACCAGUAGUGAAGCGGCUGCUAGCGACAAGUAUGUCGCAUUGGAAUGGCUAGAAACCACUCUGGCACAGGUAAAAUACCAAUCUAGCCAGGACACUUAUGUUCUUGCGGAGAAAGUUCUGAGUGCAGCAUUGCAUAGCUGCGUCGUGUUAGAAAGCCACGACCACGUCAAUACAGACUACAAACCCGCCAACAUCCUACUUUCUGGAAUCGGAACUAGUCAAAUCACCGCCAAGGUGGGAGACUUAGGGCUUGUUUUCCCUUCUGGCCAACGUUUCAACGCCCAGCCAUACGCUAUGCGCGCCCCUGAGGUAUUCCUUGGUUAUGCAUACACCAAACUAUCGCAAGUCUGGGCGAUCGCUGCAACACUACUCUGUUGGAUCAAGCCUGGAAUCCUAGGGGUAUGGGAUAGCCCUCAUUAUCUCAUUAAUGAGGCGUGGUCAAUGGCAAAGAUUAAGAGACUCUUUCCACACUGGCGUAUUCCGACUCCGGAUGAGGUGGAAGUUGAUGAGCUCAAGAUCGCAGUCGAACAUGCUGUUAACAUGAGUAAAGAAGUACCUGAGCUACUAGAUAUUCUACCGCUGGAGCAGAUGAUGCAAGCGAUUGAGAUGCCGCAGGGAUUGAGAGAUCUCCUUCGCCUAAUGAUGGUUGUCGACCCAAGCGCAAGGCCUUCUGCUUCAUCUGUACUAGCUUCGAGAGAUUUUCGAGGGUUUCAGGAAUAUGUCAGCGUCUAAUUUCCUUGGGUUAAACUGCGCAUUAUCAAUGCAGUUACCCAGAGUUGCGCAUAUUUGAUAACUCAUCAUGUUCACAGAUUUCGACGACCGUCAACUCUCUUGUUUGGUUCCUGAUGUUCAGACUAGAUUUCGAUACGUUCAAAUUUCACGGCUCUGGGAGUCUGUUAGUCUGUCGCUUUUGCCUUACACGAUGAAAGGCAGUCUGAGUCCAAAGGAUUUAUUACAGAGCUGUGGUCCUCCAAUAGUCAUCCACCAUCCUUUGGCCGACUUGUCGCCGGCCAUGCCGUCGGGCCGUGCCACAUUCACUAAAAGUCGCCCAAUUCCUUUCAUGUUUAAUUCAUGAAUCUGAUCACAAGACCAGAUCACAUAUUAAGUGUGUCGUAACGUGCGUCUACAUCACAGCCGCCCGAGGGAACGCUUUACCGAAGAACGAGC